AUGUCUUCCCUUUCUAGCUGUUCUUCCUCAAACACGGCAGAUGUCGCUCAAGACAUGAUUGCCUCAGAUGUGGACUCUCUCAUCACUCAGGAUGAUAUCCCAGUAGAGACUCAAGCGAAAGGCCAACCCAAAGUUCAGUUCCUUGUGGCAUUGAACCUCAUUGGCUCUGAUCGAUCCCCGCCUUGGACUAUGGACAGUAUUUGUACUACCAGUGUACCGCGUUCUACCAGAAAGGUAGACUGUAGUCAACGGUACGUGGAGAGAAUCGUCCUGAACUUGAUCAAGGCGGGCUUCCUGGAUAUUGAUCAUGUCAAGGAAAUUUAUGCCGGGAUUGACGAGUACUGUAGCGACUAUGAGAUUCUGCCUCCAGAACCCUAG